UUUUUUUGAGUAAGAAUUAUAGUACCAUUUUUAUUUUUUAAUGUGGGUGUUUUUGUUUUGGGCGAUGUUAAUCAUGCAUAGUCUAAUUUUUUUGGUUUUCUUAUCUGGGUUUUGCUGAUUUUAAUGCGUGGAUGAUAAGAUUUUUGAAUAAAACACAUACCCAUUUGAUAUAUUUUUUUUUUUUUGGAAAUCUUUUUCAUCUGGGUUUUGUUGAUUUUGAUGAUGUUGAUGUAUAGAGAAAAAGAGAUUUUCGAGUAAAACAUUUGGUACAUUUUUAAAACAAUUUUGAAUUUGUUUAUUUUAAUCAUGUAUGGAGAAAGAGAAUUCGGAGUAAAAAGCAAAGACUCAUUUGAUGCCUUUCUUUCGUUCUUUCUAUUUUCUUUUUAUGGGGACCCAUUUGAAGAAAAAGUUCAUUUUUCUCCAUAUGUGUCUUAUUUUCUUCCAAAAAAAAAACAUGGGGUGGGGUCGGGGAUUACAAGACGGGAAGUGAAAGUUUAUAUGUGGAUUCCAAAAAAAAGCUUUCCCGUUUUGUUCCCUUUAUAUGUGGUCCUUGAUUCUUAUAACGUACAUGGAAAAAAAUAAGAAGAAGAGAAUUUUGAGUAAAAGCAGUCAAUUGAAAAGAGUGUUCCCUGGUGGGAGUUCAAUCGAUGUGCUGGUGGAGGAAGUCUCGCCCUCUAGCAAUUGGAUUUCAAAUUCAGAGUCUGCUAAACAGAACGAGCUAAUAGAUCUUGACAUGAAAGGAGGUGAUAAUGAUGUGAUGUUUAUCGAUGAGAAUACUGAAUCUAGUGGCAAAGGAAAGGAAAUUUUUCUCGAGCUAUCCCUUGGUCGUGGUGGUUCAGCAAAUAAUGUUAUCCAGAGUCAAGUUCAGCUUUCAAAGAAGCACUGCCUUUCAGAAUCAGAUGAUGUGCCUUCAGACCUAUUUUAUGACGAUGAUCUGCCUGUGGACAUGUAUUUUGAUGACCUAGAGCAUAACGACUAUGCCGUUUUGCAAUCACAUUUUGAUCAUAUGGUUACUCCACCGGGAGUUGAGGUUCCAAUCCCGUGGAUGUCCAGUCUUGGUAAAGCUAAAAUGGCAUCAGCCAUUACAAACACAUCAUCCACCUCAAAAACUCCGAGUUCUCUUUUUGGAAAACCUCCCGAGGUACUAAAGGACCAGUCCACUUCUUGGUAUGGCCUUACUCCUGUUUCUAAGCCUACACCAUUUGAGCUAUCUUUGUCGUCUCUGGAACCUUCUGUUGGCAAGAGCAAAUUUUCUGCCAAAGGGAAGUCAAUGGAGACAUGUUUUAAAGAACAAAAUGGUUUUACAAAUGUAUCACCCGGAGCAGAAAAAUCUUUUAAUGUUCAAGGGUCUCGUCUUAGAAGGAAGGUCCAUUUAUCCCCUGAAACAGCCUCUCAUAGUUGGCAUACUCAAUCUAUUCCUGGUGCAUCUCAUAUACCUACACUUCACUUUGUACCUGCACCAAUGCCAAGUUGGAUGAACGUGCCCCUUAAUAUGACAACUGCUCAAGCUUCUUCAGGGUUUAUGCUCGGGCCAGGUCCUGUGAACCCUCUCCCUCUGAAUCAGGUUCACCCAGGAUUUAUGCUUGCACCAGGUGAUAUGAAUUCUGUUCCUCCGGAACAGUUUCAUCCAGGGUAUGGUCUCACACCAGAUGCUAUGAACUAUUUUCCUCAGGAACAGCUUUCGUCGGGGUCUGUUCUUGCACCUGGUGCUAUGUACUAUUUCCAUCCGGAAAUGGAUUAUCCAUUCUGGAAGCAUGGUCUGCAUAACAGUGCAACUAUUACAGAGAGUCCAUCACUCCAGUGUGAAUCAGCUUCUAGUGAUGUGCCACAUAGAGAUUUAGGUGAAAGCCUGAAGAAUUUCCGUCUUUUCAAGAAAUUUGAUACUGUUCAAGAUCAUUCAGGCCAUUAUUUUUCUAAACUUGCACCUCAUGACAACCAGGCCUCUAAGAGUUGCGCCAAGAGGAUACAGGAGGAAUGGAAGAUACUGGAGAAAGAUCUACCUGAUACCAUAUUUGUCCGGGUGUAUGAAACUAGAAUGGAUCUGUUGAGGGCGGUGAUCAUUGGAGCUGAUGGAACUCCAUACCAUGAUGGCCUUUUCGUUUUUGAUGUUUUCUUCCCUAGCAACUAUCCCAAUGUUCCACCGCAUGUACACUACCAUUCGUUUGGCCUUCGUAUCAACCCAAACUUGUAUGAGUGUGGAAAAGUCUGCCUGAGCCUUCUCAACACUUGGGGUGGUAGAGGAAAGGAAAAAUGGAUCCCUGGUGAAUCAACUAUGCUACAAGUGUUGGUUUCCAUUCAAGGGCUAAUAUUGAAUGCAAAACCCUAUUUCAAUGAGCCUGGAUAUGCUAGGUUGAGUGGAUCAGCCAUAGGGGAACAGGGCUCAGUGCACUAUAACGAGAACACUUUCAUUUUUAAUCUGAAGACAAUGGUCUAUUGUAUGAGGAAACCACCACAGCACUUUGAGGAUUUUGUUAUAGGGCAUUACUUUCAAAGUUGUCAAGAUAUUCUUGUGGCAUGUAAAGCAUAUAUGAAAGGUGCUCGUGUAGGUUGCCUUGUUAGAGGGUGUGUUCUUGAGGAUGGUGGUGAGGGUGACAAAAGUUGCUCCCCGUAUUUCAAGGACAUAUUGGCAGGAUUCAUCCAGACGCUUGUAGAUACGUUUACAAAGAUUGGUGCAAAGGAUUGUGAUAAGUUUCUUCCUUUGGCAGAAAAGGCGUCAACCGAAGUUGGUCCAGUUAAGGUAGAGAGUUGCUGACCGUAUAUAGACUUCAAUAAUGUUGACAAACUAGUUUUCGACUUGCAUCAUGCAGCCAAGUGUCCCUGUUCUUGGGUGAUAAUGUGUAUAUGGCUGCUAUGACGUAGUUUACAACUUAAUUUAGAUCAAGCAAAUUUUUGUUCACCGUUAGUAUCUUGAUUGUCACCUUUGUUUCUAGCUUCGUCUAUAGACAUAAUAUAAAAACUCAUUUGAGCA